UUUACGAAAGCUUCUACUCUACCGGUAAGAGUUUUCCUUUCAUAAAUACGCGCGCGUGAAUUUAAAGAAGACAGUUUCUAACUAACAAGUGACAUAAAAGACUAGUAAUAAAAAAGACGUAAUUUAAAGUGUAUUAUUGGUUUCAUAUCAAUUAUUGAAACUACUUGUGUCUUAGUGAAGUAUUCAACAACUAUUUCAAAAACAGUGUAAUUUAUCUAACAAUAAUAGGAAAAAUGGCAUUCUUUGCCUGUGUUUUCUUAAUGGUUAAUCUGAUUAUCUCUACACAAGCAGAUGCAGGAAACGACUCUACGAAUAAAGAAGUAACUGCAGCAAUAGAAAUCCAAGCAGUGGAAGGAAAAAGUGUAAACCUACCUUGUGACGUCACACCACCCGGACACGAUAAAAUCUACAUGGUUUUCUGGUUCCAGCAAGGUUCCGGAUACCCCAUCUACAGUUUUGAUGUACGCGGCAAAUCCAUGUCACAAGCUAGACAUUGGUCCGCGCCGGAAGUAUUUGGUACCAGAGCCCAUUUUCAGACGGUGUCUGAGCCUGCGCAACUGGUCAUCGAGGACGUCAAACGUCACGACGAAGGAGUGUACAGGUGCAGAGUGGACUUUAGGAAUGCGCAAACGCGUAGCGUCCGGUACAAUUUAACGGUGAUUGUUCUCCCAGAAUCUCCCAUUAUUCUGGACAAAUGGGGUCGUCAAUUAAACGGUUCAGUAGGACCUCACGUGGUUGGAGAUACAAUCAUAUUGACUUGUAGAGCUGCUGGAGGUCAUCCUCAGCCUAAAGUGAGAUGGUUAAUAAAUGGAUUGGUCAUUGAUGACGAAUAUGAGCGUGACGCAGGAGACGUUAUUGAGAAUAAGUUGACCUAUACUUCAGUGUCCAGGAAGGAUCUAGAUGCCAUUUUCAUGUGUCAAGCUGAGAAUACUAAGCUUACUGAGCCUAAGGUUGCGGUGGUUGUGCUAGAACUUAUUUUGAAACCACUGGUAGUCAAUAUAGUAAAAAGUGACAUUCCGUUGGUAGCUGAUAAAAAAUUUGAAGUCACGUGUGAGUCAGUUGGAUCCCGACCACCUGCAAUAAUCACGUGGUACAAGGGGAAACGUCAGCUUAGACGAACAAAAGAAGAAACAAUGGAAAAUGUAACAAUUAGCGAAUUAAGUUUCGUACCGACAACAGAGGAUGAUGGAAAAUCCAUAACUUGCCGAGCAGAAAAUCCUAACGUUACUGGAUUGUUUUUGGAAACUUCUUGGAAAAUUGACGUUGUUUAUCCUCCAAUAGUGGAGUUAACACUUGGAAGUACUCUUAACGCAGACGAUAUUAAAGAAGGCGACGAUGUAUAUUUUGAGUGCAAAGUUAAAGCCAAUCCCCAAAUGAGACGACUCACUUGGCUACAUAAUGACAUGAUUUUACCUCACGACAUGUCAAAUCGCAUAAUACACAGCAACCAGAGCCUCGUGCUGCAAAAAGUCACUAAACAGAGUGCAGGCGUAUACAGGUGUUCGGUUGUUAAUUCAGAAGGUGAAACAGUCAGUGACGAGCUGCAUUUUCGAGUAAAAUAUACUCCAAUAUGCAAAAACGAUCAAAUCGUCGUAGUAGGAGCCUCGAGAGGCGAGAGCAUCGAUGUAGUAUGUGAAAUUGAGUCUGAUCCACCAGCAAAGAGCUACAGAUGGAAAUUCAACAAUUCAGGUGAAACUCUAGAUCUGGAAUCGGAACGUUAUGCCAAAACCAGUAACGGUAGCUUGAGUAUACUUAAGUACACCCCAAUAAAUGAGCUUGAUUACGGUUUAUUAUCCUGCUGGGCCUCAAAUAUUCUUGGCAAUCAGGUUAAUCCUUGUAUUUUUCAAGUAGUUGCAGCAGGUAAACCAUUUCCGGUAAAAAAUUGCACUUUAACCAACAAGACAAGCAAUUCAAUAGAAGUUUAUUGUCAACCUGGUUUCGAUGGAGGCUUGCCUCAACAUUUUUUACUUGAAAUGUACACGACAAACUCAAAAGUGCCUCAGUACAAUGUCACUUCGUACAAUGAACCUUAUUUCUACUUGGACAAUUUAGAAACAGAAGUUACUUUUGGAAUCGUGGUUUUUGCUGUGAAUGCCAAAGGCAGAAGCGUGGCAGCGGUUUUAGAAGAAGUGACGUUUGGAGACGCUGCAAAAAGAACUGCCACAGAUGGGGAUUUAGGAUUCUCUCCAUUUUUUGGUGUCAUCGUAGGCGCCGCAAUGACCAUCGUAGCAAUUAUAUCGAUUGUAGUCGUACGUUUGCGAAGGUCACAAAGCAAAUCCCAACUGAUUUUAGAUAAACAAGUUGCCAGUGCGACUCCGCAAGCUGAUACCAUGACUUUUAGCGGUUUCACGAAAAGUGUAUCACCUAGAGAAACGGACGAGAAAGAUCCUGAUAUUAUACCAGCAAAGUAUGGAGCGGCGGAAAAUCGGUCAAAGUCGCUCGGCUUACAAACGCCAAUUCCUUAUAGUGAAGUCACUCAGAGUUAUCCUACUUCGGUUUUGCCUCUAGUAACACACCCGUAUCACCAAUACAGUAAUCCUGCAGAAAUUGUUGAGGCGUUCCCGAGGGAUUCCAUCAGGCCCAGGAAUUUAUGCCUGCUAAACAAGAAUUCGUCCAGUUUGACGUCAGAAGUAGAAUUAAAUGGUUUGGUCAUUAAGGAACGUCUAAUGGCCAAUAGAAUACCCGAAAGUUGUGUUUAGUUGGUUAAGUUUUGGAAGUUUAAUGCCGCCCAAAAACGAGACAUUCGACCGAUAGGUAUAUAAAAUCGUCAAUAGGUUCGUUUCAAAAUGUACAUAUAAUAAAAUUAUUGCUGUUGUUGUUUGAGGCAUGAAUCGAAAUAAAUGAAAUUGGUUUCAACGUGACAUUAAAAGUAGAAUAAAUCAUUUCAUGUGAAUACAAAAUAUCUAAACAGUAGGUACCUACCUACCUACCAAAAUAUAGGUUGUAUAGUAUGAGGGAAUAUGAAAGUUUUUUGAUAUAGGCUCAUAAUAAAAUGGAUAUUUAUCAUUAUUAAAAAUUAUUCUACUUUGGAAAUCGAAUAAUAGCUUAUUCCAAGUUCUGAAUCAUUAGUCAACAUUUUGAUAUUUGAUUUGUCAUCAUCAUUGAUUAUUUUUUUGUAGAUAUACAAUAUUCAAGAAAUUUAUAGGUUUUUAUGUUACUAUGUUUGAGAGUGGGAAAGUAUAUAAUUUAUAACAUAAGUUGACAAUUUUUCACAUCACUUUUCAUUAAUUAUUGAAACAAACAAUUACUUGACAGUUUAUGAAAAUGUUGAUUUCAUAUGGCUUUUGUUACAUGAACAUACUGCUUAGAAAGUGUUAAUUAUUAUUGUUUUCAUCUGACUAUCUGAGGGAAGUAAAAUAGGUAGGUACCCAGUUAAAAAAAAAAAGAUAAUGUAAAUAUUUUUACUUAAUUUUUUUACUUAUAAAUAAGGAUGAUGGAAAUUUGAGAUUAAAUAUAAGUUUAAACAGUA